AAGAAAAUAGUCCAAAUGGACGUUCUUCUCCUAUUCACACUGCUUUGUCUAAAAGCAGAUUUCAGUGACGGUGUUCUGAUCACUCAAUGGCCGAAGUACAUAUCCAGGCUUUCAGGCUCCUCAGUUGAAAUGCAUUGUUACCAGAACGAUACAGAAUAUAACUACAAAUACUGGUACAGACAAAUAAAGGGUGAAGGACCAGUGCUUAUUGGGAGCAACGAUUUUAACUCUCCCUCUUAUGAGAAGGGGUUUGAGAAAGGCUUCACAAUUUCUGGUACAGAGACAAAGAAAUGGACCCUGAAGGUUGAUGUUAAGAAGGGGACUGAUGCUGUGUAUCUGUGUGCUGCUAUCGUAUGCUGUGCCAAUUAUCAAGCCUAUUUCGGUAACGGCACCAAAUUAACAGUUCUUGAGCUUGAUCACACAAAAGAACCAGACGUAGAAAUCCUGAAGCCCUCUGAAAUCGAGACUGGCUGUGAUGAAUAUGAGCCAGAAAGCUAUGUGAAUUCAGCACAGUGGAUGAAACUGGCAUACGGUGUGUUCAUCGCUAAGAGUGGACUGUAUGGUCUCGUUGUCUUAGUGUAUGUGAUGAGAAAGAUCUUCCUAACUUUCCGCUUUCAUUCUCAAGCUGCAGAAAUCACUCUCCCUAAAGUCAAGAUCCUUCCACCUUCUCCAAACGAACUCUGUUCAGAGAACAAGACAGAGAAAUGGUCAACUUUAGUGUGUGUGGCCACAGGCUUUUAUCCCGAUCAUGUGAGUGUGUCCUGGAAAGUGAAUGGCGAGGAAAGACAGGACAGGGUCUCAACUGACGCCUCAGCCCGACAGGACAAGACAACGUUAAUGUACCGUAUCAGCAGCAGAAUGAAAAUUGAUGACAUGGACUGGAUAGAUCCCAAAAAUAACUUCACCUGCACCGUCCAUUUCUUCAACGGAAAGCAAUAUGUCACUGUCGCAAACACCAUAAAUGGUCAAAAAGUGAAGCCUAAAGGAUUGAAACUGCUCGGCUUUGGCUACAUCCUAUUCCUCAGCAAAAGCCUGCUGUAUGCGCUGGUUGUGGCUGGUGUGGUGUGCAAACUCAAGUUUUCAGCGAAGAAGAAACAAUUACCAGAGGACUGAGAUACCUUGAAACUUUGUCAGCGAGAUGCCAGAAGUGACUUUAUUUUUAUUUACAAAUUAUUGACAGUCAGUUCCCUAAAUUGUAUUAUUUGUGUAUAACAUCAAAUCGUUCAUGCAAUUGUUUUUCUUUACUUCAUUUUUUUUUAAAGCAUGUACGUUUAAAAUAGAUAGUGACUGGAUAAGAAUGAAUAACUAACAACGAGAGACUAAUUAAGCAACAAGUGAUGUAAACAGUUUUGUAUCCUGUUUUGUGCAAUGACUAAAACAUUCUGCGUUUACGAAAUUCUGAGGCCUUUGUUUUAUGAGAAGCAGAGCAUAUUUUCAUACUGUAUGUGAUUUUUUUUUUUUUAGUGGAAAAUCUGAACUUUUGGAAAGUGUGGGUUGUUAUCUUAGUUACGUAAGAAUCUUCCAUUGUAAUAAGAAAAAUAAGACUGCAUACGUGGCCUCUCUCAUAAUGAGUUAUAAAGCUUUUCUUAAAUUCCUGGAACAAUGCACAUAAAGUAAUAAGAAAAAUGCGGACCGAAAAUAACAGCAACAUCUUGAUUUUGUAAAUACAUCUUUCUUCUGAAAUAAAUAAAUAAAUAAUACAACUGGAUCCUUUUCUACUUGAAA